UGACCAUGUCAAUGCCUCGGAAACCGAAACCACACGCCCAAGGAACAAUGAUUAAAUCGUCCAUUCUGUUUGCUGUAUAACCCAGAUGGCUGCUCAUCAUAUCUCUCUCGCCAAAGCCUCUUUUGGGGCUUCUCUCCUGCGGCCCGACGUGACAAAGGUCGCGCGGGACGACCUACCCAUCUUUUACAGCGCCUUCGACGCCACCCUUACCCGAUGCUCGAGUCGCAAUAUACAGACAUGUAAACAAUGGCUGUUGCAAAAUGUUGCCGUCUCACCGACAAGGACCACCGCUCUAGGGAAAUAUUUGGUUGCCAUAGCCCGAUAUCUUGCAGACCAGCCAGAAGAAGCAAUCCAUGCAGGAGUCUCGCGCCGGCGACUUCAUAUCCUCUACCUACUGAAUGACCUUCUUCACCAUGCUAAAUAUCACGACACCGAUGCCGUUCUUCGCAACAAUCUGGCACAGUCUCUCCAGCCAUUCUUGCCUGACCUAUUCCAAAUUAGUGCAUCAGACGCCAAAGCACGCGUGCGGAGACGGCUACACGAUUUGAUCGAUCUGUGGAAAGAAGAGGAGUACUUUGGCAGACAAGUUAUUGAUCAACUGCACGAUGCCCUCGACGGCGUCACCCCCGAGGUCAAACUAUCAUCUGAACGAGAAGUUCAGCGCAAGAAUACAGAUAAAGAACUCCCAUAUCUUAUCCCCUCGACUCACGGUGACCCUUCAUUGCCCUUCUACGAUCUCCCAGCCGGUAAUAUUAUGCGUCACAUUAUCCCGAACAGCUCACAGCCCAUUCGCCCUGAUGAGGUCCGAGCACUCCAAUUCUCCGCUGGCCCCGCGGACGAGAGCUUGGUCAAUGCCCUGAAGGACUUUUUAAACGACGUCAAGGGUAUUGAGAGUACCGUUCCAAGACCUGAAGAGUCGGGCUUGUCUCCGGAUAUCGACGAGAUGGGUCAGAUCUCAUACCAUGAUGAGGCGGGAGACGUGGUCGGUGAUACCUACUACGGAUGGUCCCGGGCAUUUUGUGACAAGAUGAAGAAGCGUGGCAGGAGGAGUUCGGGCGAAUCUUCCCAACGAUCAAGAUCAAGAAGUUCGGAUCGCAGUCGAAGUGCCACCCCUCGGAAGCGCAGACGUCGUAGUAUUUCAACCGAUGGACGCUCCAGGUCAUCAAAGUCGUACAGCCGCUCACCACCCGCACGCAACUCCGACAAACCUAUGAGACAAUGGAGUCGAAGUCGCAGCCGGUCACGCUCCAGAAGCCGCCCGUAUUCUCCUCACAAUCAUCGUCCGCGGUUCGAGCAGCCUCCGAGAUUCGAUCCAUCAACUACACGCGUCAGUACAAACACCACGCCUGUUCCUCCACCUCCUCCACCCUCUUCAGCAGUGCCGUUUCCACCGAUGCCCCUACCUCUUACAGGCGUACCGGUACCUCCUCCCAGACCACCGCAAUGGGUGGGCCCAUGGCCUCCGCCCCCACCUCCUCCCUUUCCUCCAGGCCACAUCGGGUACCAGAAUAUUCCCUUUCCUCCUCACCCUCCGCCGCCGCCAGCCUUUGCUCCUCCGCGGGACGGCUGGUCGCAAUACCCCGGUGCACCGUCUGGACAAAACAAUCAAUAUGGAGACCGACGCUGAAGUAUUGUCCACUGCUUGACUUGAUGCUUUCUCCUUGUUGACAGAGCAUCAGGCCACCAUUCCGCUCCCCUUUUCGGUACAAAUACCCCACAGACGUCCACGGCAGGCAGACGAAAUGUUGAUGACCCUAAUCAGAAGCACCAACCAAUAAUGUCCAUCCAGCUGACUCGGCAAAAUGCUGUUCGAGGGAGUCCACCACACGGACCCCACAUUGCCAUGAUCAUCGACUAUGAAGAGAAGCAAUCACUUCUUGUGACGACCCCAUCCCAGUCCAGAACGGUCGACCUACAACGAUCAAUCCAGGGUCAUGCGCCUAACAUCACUCAAACUUCAGGGGCAUUCGCCACGGGUAUCAAUGACCCUUGAUUGCAAGUAUUGAAGCUGAACCUUUAAGUUUGGAGACUUCGAUUGGAUAAGGAAGAGGAAAUAUAAACCUUCGCAUGAUGGAGCUUUGGGUUCGCUGAGCACCUCAGAAAUCACGCACUCAGGACGACUUGUUGGCGGGCCAGAACGAGUCAUACCAGUCUUCACGGCGAGGAGUUUGAAGCUUAUCUCACAACCAGAGAAUGAGGCGCAUACUUGUGAAAUACUCCGUACCACUCACAGACACGGCGGCGGGUGAUUGCCAGGGUUCAUCGCCUGAAGCCGAAUUAGGAACCGGGUGGCGGGCUUGGCAGACGCAAGGCUGGGCUUCCGUUGCGGUUCUUGUCCGACGUCAUUGCCUGGCUUUCAUUGGCUGCCACCAACAACGGCACGGCAACUGGUGGCCCAUCUGCCUCCUCCCGAGUCGCCUGCCCCUAUGCCAUAGCACAUUCACCAUCAGCCAUCCACUACGAGUGUCACGAACCUCUUCUACUCAUUAGCGAUCAAUGGAAAUGAACUUUGACCACUCACCUCUGCUUUUGUGUUUCUUCACUGAUUCUCACCUCCAGUCUAGCGGGCGCCUCUUCGCUGUUCGCCUCGCCCUCGUCGGCUUACACAAGUAUGCUGGGAUCUCAGCGC